CCCUCGCCCUCGCGCCGCUGCAACCCACCGGUCAAAGGAGAUGGCUGAGGUUGACACCUUCCUCUUCACUUCCGAGUCCGUGAACGAGGGACACCCUGACAAGCUCUGUGAUCAGAUAUCCGAUGCGGUGCUCGAUGCGUGCCUCGCUGAGGACCCUGACAGCAAGGUUGCCUGCGAGACCUGCACCAAGACCAACAUGGUCAUGGUGUUCGGCGAGAUCACGACCAAGGCCAACGUUGACUACGAGAAGAUCGUCAGGGAUACUUGCCGCGGCAUCGGCUUCGUGUCCAACGACGUGGGGCUUGAUGCUGAGCACUGCAAGGUGCUCGUCAACAUCGAGCAGCAGUCCCCUGACAUUGCGCAGGGUGUCCAUGGGCACUUCACCAAGCGCCCCGAGGAGAUCGGCGCCGGCGAUCAGGGCCAUAUGUUUGGAUAUGCGACCGACGAGACCCCCGAGCUGAUGCCGCUCAGCCAUGUUCUUGCCACGAAGCUCGGCGCCCGCCUCACCGAGGUUCGCAAGAACGGGGCAUGCCCGUGGCUGAGGCCUGACGGGAAGACCCAGGUGACCGUGGAAUACCAGAACGACAAUGGCGCCAUGGUCCCUCUCCGCGUCCACACCGUGCUCAUCUCCACCCAGCACGACGAGACGGUGACCAACGACGAGAUCGCGGCCGACCUGAAGGAGCAUGUCAUCAAGCCGGUCAUCCCGGAGCAGUACCUCGACGAGAAGACGAUCUUCCAUCUCAACCCGUCGGGCCGCUUCGUCAUCGGCGGGCCUCAUGGAGACGCGGGCCUCACCGGGCGCAAGAUCAUCAUCGACACCUACGGCGGCUGGGGGGCGCACGGCGGCGGCGCCUUCUCCGGCAAGGACCCGACCAAGGUCGACCGGAGCGGGGCCUACGUCGCGAGGCAGGCGGCCAAGAGCAUCGUCGCCAGCGGCCUCGCGCGCCGCUGCGUCGUGCAGGUGUCGUACGCCAUCGGCGUGCCGGAGCCGCUCUCCGUGUUCGUCGACACGUACGGCACGGGCAGGAUCCCCGACAGGGAGAUCCUCAGGGUCGUCGCCGACAACUUCGACUUCAGGCCAGGCAUGAUCAUCGUGGACCUCGACCUGAUGAGGGGCGGCAAUGGCCGCUACCUGAAGACGGCGGCGUACGGGCACUUCGGGAGGGAGGACCCUGACUUUACCUGGGAGGUGGUGAAGCCCCUCAAGUGGGACGCAUGAGCGAAAAUGCCUUUGCAGCCGGAUGCAUUUCCAUUAAUUCUGGAAGCGUUUUUAUCCACAAAAUCUGAACUUAAUCAGAUCAUCACUAUCUACAUGUCUAUUUUCACUGCCUUAGUAGCAGGUAUGUGUAAGGUCUUAUACGUGUUCUUGUGUUGAAAAAACUUGUAUGGUGAUGAAAGGAUGAAACUACCCAAGGGAUGAAACCUUUCUACUC